UACUACUACUAUUUUAUAUCAGUUAUUACUGCCAAUUGAUUUUGUAUAAUAAACACGCGCUAUACUCCCCCGCAUAUACGGUCAGCACCCGGCGCCGGGUUAUUACACAUACACACCACACACACACACACACUAAAAGUUACCGAUUAUAGUCUACGGGGUGUCCACCACUUGCCACACACACACACACACACACACACACAGGUGCUAUUGGUUACUACCCGCACGUGUCCAUCACCACCACUACUACUACUACUACUAAUACUAUCUACUAAAUGGCAGCCGCUAUGAUAGCAUUAGCACCGACGGCAGCAGCGGCCGCGGCAUCGGCUGCUGCGGCGGACAUGUCGUCAUCGGAAGAGGAGGUUUCGUGGAUUGCCUGGUUUUGCGGACUUCGUGGCAACGAAUACUAUUGCGAAGUCGACGAAGACUAUAUUAACGAUAAGUUCAACCUAACCGGCCUAUCGGAUGCCGUUCCCCACUAUCGACAGGCGCUCGACAUUAUCUUAGACCUGGAACCGGAUGAAGAACACGAAGACGAUGUCAAUCAGAAUCUAAUCGAGUCGUCCGCCGAAAUGCUUUACGGCCUAAUACACGCCCGAUUCAUACUAACCAAUCGGGGCAUCGAUGCUAUGGCCGCCAAAUACCAGAACGGCGAUUUCGGUUACUGUCCCCGUGUUUACUGCGAAAAUCAACCGAUGCUACCCAUAGGACUAUCCGAUCUAUCCGGCGAAUCAAUGGUCAAACUAUUUUGUCCGAAAUGUAUGGACAUCUAUAACCCGCAAAGUUCACGACACUAUCGUACCGACGGUGCCCACUUUGGUACCGGUUUUCCGCAUAUGUUGUUUAUGGUUCAUCCAGAAUAUCGGCCACCGCAGCCAAAAUCGGAGUUUCAUCCGCGACUCUAUGGCUUCAAAAUACAUCCCAAGGCUUAUUAGUUAUGCACUUAUUAUUAGUUUAAUUGAUUUUUUGAUUAUUAUUAUUAUU